AUGAGUGCAUUUAAAUCUUUUUAUCAAGAAGAAGUCUUCCCCGCGUUGCAACAGCAUUUCAACUAUCCAAAUGUUAUGCAGGUGCCAAAGCUUAACAAAAUAACUCUCAAUAUAGGGGUUGGUGCUGCUAUACAAGAUUCAAAACUUUUGGAUAAUGCCGCCGAAGAACUGACACAAAUAAGCGGGCAGCGGGCAGUUAUUACCCACGCCAAGAAAUCUGUGUCAGCCUUCAAGGUCCGCGCAGGUAUGGCUAUCGGCUGUAAAGCAACCUUGCGGCAGGAUAGGAUGUAUGAAUUUUUUAAUAAACUGGUCAAUGUUGUCCUGCCCCAGAUUCGUGAUUUUCGUGGACUCUCCCCGGAUUCCUUUGACGGGCGCGGUAACUAUUCCUUGGGUCUCCAAGAGCAAAUCAUUUUCCCAGAGAUCGAAUACGACACCAUAAGCGAAGUUCGCGGACUAAAUAUCACUAUUGGAACAACUGCUCCAACUGAUGAAGAAGGGCACGAGUUACUACACCUAAUGGGAAUGCCGUUUAGAGAAUCUUAG